CAAAGGAGGAAAGACUGACCUAAUUGAUUUAAUGGAGUGUAAGGAUUUUAUAACAAGUACUCAAUCAAGAAAAACAAAAAAAAUAAUGUUUUUAGAAGACAUCCUAGAGGCUGAUGGUAUCACUUUACUAAAAUGGAAGCAUUUAUGUAAAGAAAUAGUAAAGAACACGAAAGGAAAAUCGCCUAAAUGGUUUAAAAAAUUAGAAUUGAAACUAAUAGCAGACGAAAGUGGACAAGUAAGAAAAAUAAGAAACGAGUUUAUAGGACAAGCACAAAAAGAAAAUAUUCACAUAAACUAUUUUGAUGAAGAUGAAAAAUCGGACAAAAAUAGUAUUGUAACUUGGAACGACUACGGAGAAUACCCGAUAUUUAGUAUUAAUAAAAAAAAAUCGCAGAGUAAGAAAUACAAAAGAAUAGGAAUACAUUUAGAACUAGACGGAGAUAGUUAUAAUCUAAACAAUUCGCCUCAACUGAAGAAAUGUCAAGGAUGUUUUAGAAACAUUAGUAAAAAAAAGGGGAGCAACGAAUGUCUAAUAUACAUAGAAAACGAAAUCUGUAGAAAUUUAGAUAGAAGAAAAGAAGAAGACUAUAUUAAACCGUACGAAACUCUAAAUAAUAUUAUAAAAAAGAAUGAAUGGUUACGAACGUAUACAAAAGAAGAUAAAAAAGAUGAGUCAUUUAACAAAAAAAUAGAAUUAAUCGACAAAAUAAUUAACACGAAUGACAAAAAUUUUCUGGAUAUAAUCAAAAACAGUAUUUUCGAAGAAGAAGAUAAUUUGAUUUCGAUUACAAAACGAAGAUUUUGUUUACUAAUUAAUACAAACAAAAAGAAAUGGGAAAUUAAUAAUAAAGGUAAAAGAGUUUAUCGAUAUAAUGUAGUAUGGAAAAUAUUUGAACUGAAUUACGAAGGAAAAGAGAGCGAGGAAGUGAUCCUACUAGCGAGCUAUGAAUGUAAUUACGAAAACGAAUUCAAAAUUAUUCUUAGAUGUAUAAUUUUAGGAAUUAUGAUAAUAAGUGAGAAUAGCGAAUUAAUUUUAGGAAUAAACGAGAAAGUCAAUAGACUAAUAAUUGAAUUUACUAAUAAUUUUAGUAAUAGGAAGAAAAUAGAUAGUGAUUACUAUUUAGAGCUUUUAUUUUUAGAAAACUUUUUAGAAACAAAUAAUAUUGAAUUAAUCGAAGGUAAUGAGAAAAUACAGAGAAUCAUAAAAGAAAAAAGAAAAGAGAUGCAGGAAAUGUUAAAGAACAAUAAGAUAGUAGAUAAGAUAAAAUAUAAUUUUGAAUUAAUAGACGAAGGUUUAAUUACGAAUGAAUAUAAUUUAAUUUGGAAUAACAAAUUAAUAACAGGAGGAUUCCGAGUUUGGAGGAAAGCAGUGACAUUAGCAAUUUGGAAAAAUGAAAUUUUAAACAGCGAGAGGUUAGAAGAUCUAUUUAUGUACAAUUAUAGAAACGAAUUUGACUGGAUCGCAAGUCUUGAAUUUAUUAGUAAUAGAGUUAAAUUUUUGCAAAGACAAUGUGGUGAUAGAGACACAAUUGAACGCUCAUACA